GAAGGGUCUGGAGGGGCGAGUGGGAGGAAGGCUCCCCAGGGACCCUCUGGGAGCGGAGCCUAGGCAGUCGGAGCGGAUAGGAGCCAGGAGACUUUGGCAGGAGAAGAGCGCCUAGUGGUUAGUGGGCCCGGGCAGUACUAACGAGGAGCAUAAAGGGGUGCGGUGGGAAAGAGAGCCAAGGCUCCUGGGUCUUCUAGGAGGAGCGCGGGGCUGAGAGCAGGAGGGAGCCCAAAGCAGGAGGGAGCCACUCGAUCCUUCAGGAAGGGAGUGGAUCGCAGUGGUUCAAGUGAGGCAAGGAGCCAGACAUCUUCAGAUUUCCACUGGGGGCUGGAGGACUGGAGCAACAGAGCCCCACCCCCCAAAAGGAUUCUCCCACAAAGGGGAGGGGCGCUGGAGAACCUGGGGUGGGUGGGCGACAGUGUGUGAACAUUGCAGGGUUGUGCCCAUUCCCCGAACACACACACACACACACACACACACACACACGUCCGUCUGGGUCCUAGACGCCAGCGAUGCCACGCGCCCUCUGAAAUUGGGUUUGGAGGUGUGAGAAGAGCCAGAGUCAGGCCCCCGCUUGGGUCUGCCAGAGGAUCUCGCUGGGUGUGAGCUGCAGGACAAAAGGAAGCCCAGCCUGGCCUGCCUGGAUCAGAAGCUAGUGAGGGGGAACGUAGAGGCCCUGCGAGAUGAGCCUGCCCCCGGGCACCCCCGCUGCUAGGAUGCUCUUUGUUAUGGCUCUGGCCUGUGCCAGCCCCUUCUUGGACCUGCGGCGGCGGACCAUCAACAUCCCCAUCAUUUUCAGUGGCUCCACCUACACGCAAGAGAGUGCCCGGUUCUCGCCUGAGGACUUCCGCAACUUCUCAAUGGAGAUCAACCCCAUCCCUGUGGUUCUGAAUGACACCAACCCGCGCAGCCUCAUUGUGCGGCUCUGUGACGUUCUCUCCUCCCUGCACAUCCACGGGGUGGUUUUUGAGGAUGAUACACGUACAGAGGCUGUGGCCCAGAUCCUGGACUUCAUCUCAGCACAGACCUCUGUUCCCAUCAUUGGCAUCAACGGAGGAUCAGCCAUUGUUCUUACACCCAAGGAGAAAGGAUCAACCUUUCUACAAUUAGGUUCUUCGACCAAACAGCAAUUGCAAGUGAUGUUUGAGGUCCUGGAACAGUACGAUUGGACGGCAUUUGCUGUCAUCACGACACUGUUUCCCGGCUAUGAAGACUUUGUAGAUUACAUUGAGGUCCUGACUGACAGCAGUUUCAUUGGUUGGGAGCGCCGCAGCACUGUGACCCUUAAUCUCACUGAUGACCCAGACGGGGCCCGCCUCAAACGCCAGCUCCGGGAAAUAAAUGCCCGCAUCUGCCUUCUCUACUGCUCCCGUGAAGAAGCAGAAAGCAUCUUCCGUGCAGCCCGUGAAGUGAAGCUCACAGGCCCCGGGUAUAUCUGGUUCAUGGCAGGUGCCAACUUUGGUAGAACUGAGUACAUGCCGGAGGAACUGCCCGAGGGUCUCUUCAUGGUGCUUUCAGCAGGAUGGAAAGAUGAUCUCUACCACAGGGUUCAAAAUGGUGUAGCCAUCAUUGCCAAGGGGGCAGAGGCCCUAUUCCAAGUCUACGGCUCAGUUCCAAAAUUCAACAAUGAUUGCCGGGCACCCAAUCUCACCCAGAUCAACGAGAACCUGCAUCGGUACUUCAUGAAUGUUACCUGGGGUGAGAAGGAUUUCUCCUUUAAUGAGGAUGGGUACCUCAUCAAUCCAUCCUUGGCUGUGAUCUCCCUCAGCAAAAACCGAACCUGGGAGGUGGUGGGAAGGUGGGAGCGCAGAAUCCUGAGCAUGUCACGCUACAGAAAAUUCCUGCAACCUGUGGAUGACAACAAGCACCUCAUGGUGGCAACACUGGAGGAAAGGCCCUUCGUUAUUGUCGACAACAUUGAUCCAGCCACAAAGACCUGCAUUCGUGAUUCAGUUCCCUGCCGCCACCCACUCAACCAUACCAACAGCCAUCAAAUGGUAAAGAGCUGCUGCAAAGGAUUUUGUAUCGACAUCCUGAAGCGUCUGGCUAAGACUCUGGGUUUCACCUACGAUCUCUAUCUUGUCACCAAUGGCAAGCAUGGCAAGAUAGUCAACGGCAUGUGGAACGGCAUGAUUGGAGAGGUGUAUUACAAGCGAGCUGACAUGGCGAUUGGAUCCCUGACCAUCAAUGCGGAGAGAGCUGAAGUCAUAGAUUUUUCUGUGCCCUUUGUCGAGACAGGAAUCAGUGUGAUGGUGUCUCGUAGCAAUGGAACUGUUUCACCUUCUGCCUUCCUAGAGCCCUACAGCCCUGCUGUCUGGGUGAUGAUGUUUGUCAUGUGCCUGACUGUCGUUGCGGUGACCGUCUUCAUCUUUGAAUAUUUCAGCCCAGUAGGCUAUAAUCGCAGCCUCAGCGCCAGUAAACGCACUGGAGGCUCCAAGUUCACCAUUGGGAAAUCCAUCUGGCUGCUCUGGGCUUUGGUGUUCAACAACUCUGUGCCUGUGGAGAACCCCAGGGGCACCACCAGCAAGAUCAUGGUGCUGAUCUGGGCCUUCUUCGCCGUCAUCUUCCUUGCCAGCUACACCGCCAAUCUGGCCGCCUUUAUGAUACAGGAGGAAUAUGUAGACACGGUGUCUGGGCUCAGCGACCAGAAGUUCCAGAAACCACAGCAUCACUACCCACCUUUGAGAUUUGGCACUGUUCCCAACGGGAGCACCGAGAAAAACAUUCGGAACAACUAUGGGGAGAUGCACGAAUAUAUGGGGAAGUACAACCAGCGCAGCGUGGAGGAUGCACUCCAGAACCUGCAGACAGGGAAGCUGGAUGCCUUCAUCUACGAUGCAGCCGUCCUCAACUACAUGGCCCGAAAGGAAGAAGGCUGUAAACUUGUCACAAUAGGGAGUGGGAAAGUCUUUGCCACCACAGGCUACGGCAUUGCGCUGCAGAAAGGUUCCAAGUGGAAACGGCCCAUUGACCUGGCCCUGCUCCAGUUUCUGAGUGAUGAUGAGAUUGAACUACUAGAGCGCCUGUGGCUAUCAGGGAUCUGCCACAAUGACAAAAUUGAGGUGAUGAGUAGCAAGUUGGACAUAGACAACAUGGCGGGUGUCUUCUACAUGCUCCUGGUGGCCAUGGGACUAAGUCUGCUGGUCUUUGCCUGGGAACACCUAAUCUACUGGAAGCUGCGUCACUGUAUGAGACAUACAGGGCGGCUGGACUUCCUGCUCGCCUUCAGCAGGGGCAUGUACAGCUGUUGCAGCAGUGAAGACCCCAAAGUCCCAGAUCAGCAGCAGCUACCCAUCCUUAACCACACCUACGGCCCGUCACGAGGUGCAGCCCCAGCGUUGCCCAGCCCCCCUGGCCCUCCACUUCCCUGUUCUAGCUUCCUGCCUCGCGAACGGCGCAUUGUGGAACGGUGGCGCCACGCUCGUAGUCCCAAUUGCUACAAGGAUCUGUACCCUCCGACACCUACAGAGCUCCCCACAACCAAACCCCCACGCCAUAGCCUCAAGAGCCCUUUCUCAGAUGGCUUCCACCGGUUCUAUGGGCCCAUUGAACCAGAAGGGCUGUCCGAUCAUGUCAGUAGCAAAAAGAUGGCGCCCUGUCAGCUGUCUCCGCCACCACCCUCCCGGGGGCUGGAAAAUCCUCCCUCAUAUUUUGCCAUUGUGCGUGAGAAAGAAACUCCCGACAUGCCACCGGUGGCAUCGGGCUGGCAACGCAAAUCCCUCCGUGGGUUGUAUGAAAGUUUCCAAGCCGGGAAAGCAGCGAGCCGAGCCCCAGAGGUGAAGAAGUAUGAUGGCUCCUCCAGUGGCUAUGCGACCAAAAGCCCUUGUGAGUUGGAACGGGGCAGCAGUCGGCCUUUUGGGAAAGAACGGGGUCGGUAUGGCUACACACGGCUGUCCUAUGAGGAUGAACGCUCCCCACCUGUUUCCCGCUACAGACAUGCCGAAGAGACGUCUCUGCCUCGAGCCGAGACAGAAGUCAAAUGCCCGACGUCAUCCAGCCGAGAGAGGAGCUCCCGGGCUCACAUUUGCCGCAGUCAUUCCCACCCGCUUGCCGUAGGUGCCAGCUUGCGCAGCCAAAGUCAUUAUGUGGAUUUUUCUGACUCUGAUUCUGACAUCUGUGAGAGGGACAGUGAUGGGCAUAGCUGCUGGUACCAGUCGCCGGAUUAUUUCUGCACAUACCCGUCCCGAGAGAGGCAGCUCUUUGCCACGCAUAAGCCCCUGCACUACUGGUCAGCCGACAAGUUGGCCAAGUGCCACGGAUGCCACGGUCCCUGCCAGCACUGCCUGAGCUUGGAAAUGCUCCCGCCACCCACCCCACCAUGCCGCAAGGAGGCCUUGCGCUACUUGAGCUGUUCUGAGGAGCGUCUGGAACGCCGGCUGGACUGGGAGCACCGCCACUGUAGCCUGUAUGGAUGCCUGGCUCCUCGCCACCGCCACGGCUUUCACCGACGCUGCCAUCACCAUUCCUGCGAGCUGGGGCCAGCUGGCGGAGUUCUACAUCCCACCUCCCGCAGCCUGGAGGACCUCAGCUCUUGCCACAUGGUGCGCUGCGGGGCCUCCCAUCGACACCAGGGCGGCUUCUCGCCGGAGUGGCUGCCACGCCGGGUGAGCAGAAGCGGGGAGCUUUUUGCCCGCCGUGGUUCUGCCCAUUUCUCUAGCCUGGAGUCAGAGGUAUGACCAGCAACAGGUGGGGUGGGGGUGGGGGUGGGGUGGGGAAAGAGGCUUCAGAUGGGACAGCAGGGAAAAAAAGACUGAGCUGUAGUUGAGCUCACACAGUGGGGACUGAGGUGGUGGAGAUGGCGCUGUGGUUCAACCCAAUGGAAAGAAGGGAGGACCACGAAGAUGACUGCAGAGAGGGGGAAGCAGAACAGUGCCACAAGUGAACCCACCAAGACAAAGGGCAUGCCACCAGGAUGCCACCAGGAAUAUAUGUGAUAGGACCACAUCUCCCUGCCACAGAAAAGGGGAAGUGUUCAACCAAAAGAGUAUCACAGAUAAAACAGUGGGGACUGGAACCACCAAUAAUCCCAUUAAAAAACCCAGGGGAGUGGAGAUGAUAUGUCAGAGAGGGGUAACACCCUGAGACUGCUACCCCAAGUGCCACCAGAAUAGCUCCCUGUGACAAAACACCCAGUCCCAUCCACCAGCCGAUUUACAGCAGGGGGUAGAGGGGAACUAGUCUCUCCUGUGUAUCCAUAACAGACCUUUUAUAUCCAGAAAAAGGGCUUUUCUGCCACCCUGUGGCACAUCGAUGGGGUAGGUUCCUGUGGCCAGGGGCAAUUGGCUACUGCAACAGCAGGGCUGUUACUCUCUGAACAAAACCCGAGAGAGUGCCAAUGAAAUGAACCAAUCAUGAACCUGGAGAGAGUCUGUGUCCCCACGUAGACUGGCAGCAGGGGGGAAGUGCCAUCAGUCAGGCUCCGGAGGGGGUGGGGAGGGGCUUGGACAACAAUAACCACAAAACUGUCUGGACUUCUGGGUGGGAGGGGAUGUUAGGAGACAAAACUGUGACUUUGUUCAACAGAAAACUGUGAUAUUCCCCCCCCCCUGCACAUUUCCCUCUUCUCCCUUCUUGCUUUCUUUGCUCUUCUUAACCACCACCUUCUUUCUCCUUCCCCCCUGCUUUAAUCUUGCAAUCAUGCACCCAUUAUGAUAGAGAUAGCAACACAUGCAAACAUCAUGGAUGCUGAAAUGAAAAAACAUACACACACUUGUGCGCUGUAAUGGGCAAAAGCAAUCACUGCCCCCCAAACCACAUAGACAAACCAGUCCCAUGACUGAAAGUGUCUGUUUUCACAAAUCCUACAUCAGUGCACCAAAGCUCUCAAGCUAAGAGAGCUAUUGCAGAAAAUGACAGAAAACAUGACUAUAUAGACUGAAAGGGCACCUGCACUUCAAACCAAACAAAAUUAAAUCUAAUAGAAUAAAAAACCUCAUUCAACAGAUAAUAUACUGUAUAUUCGCAUCACUAAAAUUACCACACACCAUCUUAAUGCUGGUUGCUCUGAGAAGCUGGAACACUGGAUGUGAGAGUGAUUAUAAAACUUAUUUCCAUGCUUCCUGCUUGAGGGGGGAACUGUGCAUCUCCCAUUGCAGGGAAAGAUAAAUGUGCUCCCAAUGCAGGUACAUCUCGCGCACCUUUCCACAGAGAAGAUACACAAGUUCUCAUUUUGCUGGAGACUGCUGAUGAGUGGGAAGGCGGACCUUAAAGCCAGCUGAAAGCCCAGUCUCUGCACUAUUCUGGAAAAUGCCCAGCCUUAGAAUUUUGCAAGUUUCUAGGAGAAACUUUUGCAAAUAUGAGAAGCCAAGUGUACUUAAGUAGAAGGUCUGAAGGAAAGGGUUUUUCACUCAGCUUGCAAAUGAUCUGAGAUCCAUUGCAACAUGAUGUGGCUAUUAAUCGGCAAACUGAGCUGUUUCUUUUUUGAAAAAAAGGAAAAAAUAAUGAGACAAAACUCAUGGAAGACAGGAAUAUAAAUGGUUAGUAAAUAAGAUGGGAGUCUUGGCAUGGUUCUAAACCUUAAGACAGCAGGAAUCCAGAAGAGAAAAGGGGGAACAGGGUAUUCUUUUAUUAUAUUUCAUCUCUAGAAUGUUUGGAACUUUCCCUAAAGCAGGAGUGAGUAACAUAAAGUCCAUGGGCAGCAUUACAGAUUAACUCAAGUUUGGGGGGCAAACUAGAGUUGAAGGCAGCAAACCCAUAUGAUACAACCAGGCCCCUGCCAAGUCCAACACCACAACCACUUCUCCAUAAGCAGUGUUCCUCUGAUGGGGUGAAACCAGAAGUAAUAGCUACCAGGAAAAAGGCAGCUCAGGAGAAGUGGUGGUGGUAAUAGGGUCACGGGCAGGAAAAAUGUUCAGCAUCCACCUUCCACCUGUGCUGCACUCUUUUUCUCAUCCUGCCCCUGCUCUAUGGGAAUUUGGCACAACCCACAUUUCGACACAAGGGUCAUGGCAUGAAGCAGUCAUGUCAUUUUGCCCCUUACCCAAGGCUCUCAGUCUUCUCCAGAAACCUUGAAAAUGAGGAUUCUGGGGAAAUCAAAAAGACCAUGCACAUGAAACAAAGCCUUGCCAGGGCCACGAGUGGCUUGUAAACUGUGUGUCACCAGUCCCAGCCCCUCUCGGAGACAUAGCCAGUGCUGUGUGCGCUACAUUUCCAUGCAAGUGCCAAUUUGGUGUUAGGGACAGAAUGUUGCACUCUGCAAAUCUAAUUUUUGUAAGAUCAAUUUGAAGUGCUCAGCAGGUCUGAAGGCAGGUCUGGCUACAGGCUUUAGAGGGCCCUCAACAAAGUGUCCUCUGCUGGGGCAGAGGCCAUGCAUUGGUGGCCAUAGGCUUCAUUAGCAAGCAUCUACAAGGCACCAUUUUAAACUUCCCGUAGUGCUCCUGUUGCAGCAAAGCAGGAAGUUUAAAAUGGCAGCCCACAGACCGAGCCACUUGACGCUGGCGGACCCUGCCAAAGUGCUAGACUGCUCAAAGGACGCCACAAGGUGAGGCUGGGCUUACCAGAUUUGUAGGCAUCUCCAGGGCCCAGAGGGUGGUCUCUAAGUGCUCUGUGGCACUUCUCUUUCUGUGAAAAGCAGAAACAGAAUGAAGCAACAAAGCAAAGAAAGCCACUUGUUUCUUUAAUCUGUCAGCUUUCCUCGGCACUGUGCAGGAGCUACCCUUGCACGCAAUU